GGUAUCGCUGGAUGAUAACGCCAGAUUUGAUCAACAACACUCCGGGGAUGUGGUACAUCGACGCCAAACUCUUCGAUUCCGACUGGGAGCCAGGCUUAACGCUGAAGUUCACCUCGUUCACGGGCAAGUGUUUGUACUGGCACACAGUGAAGAAGAAGUGGAGCACUGAGGGCUGCCAGGUGGGAGAGAAAAGCACUCCAGUUCAGACCCAGUGUCUGUGCAACCACCUCACGCUCUUCGGGAGCUCCUUCUUCGUGAUGCCGAACAACGUGGACAUAUCUCGCACCGCCGAGCUGUUCGCCACCGUGAAAGACAACUACGUGGUGCUGGCCCUGCUCUGCGCCUUCUUCGGCCUGUACCUGAUCACGCUGCUGUGGGCCUGCUACGCCGACCGCAGGGCGCGCUCUAAGAGGAAGAUGACUCUGCUGGAAGACAAUCACCCCGGGGCACAGUACAACUACCUGAUCGGCAUCCAAACCGGGCAUCGCAAGAAUGCUGGGACUUCUGCUAAUGUCACGGUGAAGCUGAUCGGUUCGGAGGGGGAGAGCAGCGUGCACCUUCUCGCGGACCCCGACAAGACCGUGUUCGAGAGAGGGUCUUUCGACAUGUUCCUGGUGGCCACGCCCUUCCCGCUCGGCGACGUGGGAAACCUCAGGCUGCAGCACGACAACUCUGGAGGUCACCCAUCAUGGUACGUCGACAAGGUGACCAUACAGGACGUCCAAACCAAAAAUGUGUGGCACUUCUUUUGCGACUGCUGGAUGAGCGCCGACCGAGGGGACGGCAUCACCAAGAAAACCUUCAACGCCGCCAAGAGCAACGAGAUCGCCAGCUUCAGGAACAUCUUCCAGAGCAGAACGUCCACCGGCUUCAGGGACGAACACAUCUGGGUGUCCAUAGUGAGUCCUCCCUCGCGCAGUCCGUUCACGCGCGCCCAGAGGGUUUCCUGCUGCAUGAGCCUGCUGCUCUGCACCAUGGCCAUCAACAUCGCUUUCUGGAACCUGCCUGUAGACGAGAGCUCACCAGUGAUCUUCUCCAUGGGUUCGAUGAACAUCACCUGGCAGGAGAUCAUGGUGGGAGUGCAGAGCGGCCUCCUCAUGUUCCCGAUCAACAUCCUCAUCAUCACCAUCUUCCGAAGCAUCCGGCCUCGCAUGCCCGCAAAGUCCAAGAAGGACAACGCCGAGAACAUGAGGCCCCACUUCGUCACGAUGCACGCGAUCCUGAAGGAAACGGAGGAGGUCAUUUUUUUGGUGAGCCAGAGUAGGAGAAACAAGAUGUCAAAUGUAAGCCAGCUGGAGACUACUGCUGACCUCUGGCCUGCCCUGGACAAGGUGCAUGAAUUCCUCCAGCUUAUGCAAGGGGAGAGCGAGAGUGACCCCCACUGGGUGCACUGCAGCAAGUUCCUCCUGGUCGGCCUCAGCCGCCUCCUGACCUGCCUGGGGAGGCUGGACCCGAACAGCUUUCCGAAUCCGUACGACCACCAGCAGGCCCUCAACAUCACCAACACUCUGGUUCGCAAGGCGGAGAUGGUCUUCAGCAGCCACUUGGCCUACUGCCCGCCUCCCGUGAAGACGGAGAAGAAGCGGACGAGGGGCUGCUGGCUGCCCUGGUGGUUCGUGUUCAUCGGCUGGUUCCUGUUGCUGUCCAUCAGCGGAAUAUCCACGUUCUUCACCCUGCUGUACGGUUUCGAGUACGGAAAGGAGAAGUCCAUCAAGUGGGUCAUGUCUCUGGGCCUCUCCCUCUUCCAGAGCAUCUUCAUCCUGCAGCCUCUCAAGGUGCUCGGCAUUGCUGUGAUCUUUGCCCUGAUGCUGAAACCUGUAGCCGUGGAGGAGACCGAAGAAAUCGAGCUGGUGCUGAUUGAGCAACAAGAAAAGUGUAGACGGUGGGCUGGCAGGGACGGGCUGUGAGGCACCAGCUCCGACGGACACCGCUGCAAACUCCCCCAACAUCCUCCCUCCCUCCCCCAUCCCUCCCCCAUCCCCUCAUCUCCUAAACACUCUUUUGCACUUAUUUGCAUCUAACUUUCUGAAUACAUAAUUGUGCACCACAUUCUGAUGUUGCACAUUAUUGCAAAGAGCAUCAUUGAUUAAGUUUAACUGCUUAUUUUUGAACUGUUCAUAUUAACACUAUUAUAAUCCAUUUACACAUUCGAGCAUACGUAACGACCGGCUAGAUUUAUUAAAUGUUUAUCCAUAAAUACCAGUUCAAAAGUAUGUAGAACUUGCAGAGAACAUAUAUGUAUUUUAUCUUCCUGUUUUGCAGCACGUCACUUAUCAAAUAUUUACUGGGCUCAGGUUUAUUUAGCGACAUUAAACACAAUGAUAAGCCAGAAGCCGGAUUAUUCAUAGACUUGUAGCGAGUAGGGGAGGGUGGAAAGGCGUUUUUUUUAUGAAGCCGUACAUACGGGAGCUGAUGCUUAAUUGAUCAUUCUCCUUCGUUUCUGUCCCGUCACUGUAACACACGCUGAAAGUGCACGUCACGCCUUUUUCCAUCAUUCAUGGCCGCGUCUGCAGGACUCAGUCUUCGCUGCGUAUGAAUGAUUCAUGUAACAGACAAAACUACAUUUAAGUUUGUGCUUUUGAUUUGGGAAUACAAGGCUUGUUUUAGAACUUCUGAGCUGUGUAUUUAAUCAGAAAAAUGGCUUAUUUAUUGGUUUCACUGACUGAUGCUGUAUGUAUUAUAUGUGUGAAUUUCAAUAAAAGCAUCAAACUCGCAGUCUUUAACACUGGAAGUCGGUAUUUAUUAUUGUUAACUAUGGCUGUAGUAUCUGUGUGACAGCUUUUCUUCAUUGGUUUGGCUCAUUUGUUGAAACAGAAUUUACAUUCUCAAUAUAACACGGACAGACGUCCAAACCGCAACUGUUCACAACAGAAUUCAAUUUCUCAUUCAUUUCAUCAAAUUGCAAAUGUCUUAGCACAUCUUUGCAAAUGAUUAAGCACAGUUAGUUUACAUUUAGCACCAUUUCCAAGUGAAUACGUCUUGUUAAUCUAAACUGAUUCUAAGUCUAAUGCUUGUUCUCUCCAAAACAUGUGAGCAUCAUUUCACUGUAUAAGUCAUCACAUCAGUCAAGAACAUAAUACCACGAAUAUCAUAUAUGAAGCUCUCAAAACAUUUGAUAAACCGAUCCACUGACAGUCAGAUGAAACUAGAACUUGACCAACAAAAUCAGAGGUCCCUGCAGGAGGGAAUGUGUAGGGGAUGGCUGCGACGUGUGGGCCGUUUCUUCCCUCGUUGUAUUGUGAUACAAUACCUAAUUUUCCUUCGGGGAUGAAU